ACGGCACCGCGCACGCAAAUCCGGUUCAGUAGUACAUUGUUGUAUAUCGACUCGUGCACACGCCCGAUUUUUCCACGCAAGAUGUCCGAAAUUGACGAUGUUGACAUCGAGUUGUUGAUCGGUGAAGUCAAAAGGCAUAAAGAAAUUUGGAACAUCGCUGAUGAAAAUUAUCACGAUAGGACCAAAAAAAGAAGUGCUUGGAUAAGCAUCUGUCAGAAUUUUUUUCCAUCGUUUGAUGAAAAGGACGACAAAGAAAGAAAUGAUAUAUGUGAAAAACUUAUCAAAAAGUGGAGAAACAUAAAAGACAAUUACACUAAAAGUAAAAAAAAAAACAAAACGACGUCAGGACAGGGUUCCAACUUAGGUAGACGUUACAUUUAUGAUCGUCAGCUAUCUUUUUUACUAACAGCCGGGGCCAUAACCAAUACACAGGGUAGUUUUGAUGGGAACGACGAACAGGAGGAUACAGAAUUAUUAGCAAACCAAUCUAACGAAGAAGCUGAAACACCUCCCUCAUACACACAAAGCAGUUCAUCAAAAAAACGCAAACACGACUUAGAGUCAUCUUUAAUAGAUUAUUUAAACACUCCUAUUCCUAGUCAAAUUAUUACAACACCAGCUCCAGAACCAAAUCCAGACAGGUCUUUUUUCGACAGCAUAUUGCCAUCCAUUGCAAAUUUAACAGAAGACCAGAAAAUAGAAUUCCGCUGUGAGGUACUAAAUAUUAUAAAACGGAUGAGGGCUGCAACUUUACCGCCACAAAACUAUGGUUAUCCACGAAUUAAUCAGGAUUAUUUAUAUGCUAAUCAAACAUCACAGUUAUCAAACUACUCUCCUCAAAUUGCAUCAUACCAACAUCAAACUCCCAAUUGCAUGCAACAACGGCCCCCAAGAUAUACUCAACCUGGUCCAUAUUCUGCUCCACUUCCUCAAUCAAAUAACAUGCAACAAAGCCCGCCAAGAUAUACUCAACCUGGUCCAUAUUCUGCUCCACUUCCUCAAUCAAAUAACAUGCAACAAAGCCCGCCAAGAUAUACUCAACCUGGUCCAUAUUCUGCUCCACUUCCUCAAUCAAAUAACAUGCAACAAAGCCCGCCAAGAUAUACUCAACCUGGCACAUAUUCUGCUCCACUUCCACAAUCAAAUAACUAUGGGAUGGAUUCCAAUCCUACAUCUCCAUGUAUAUCAAUUGGAAACAAUUACAGUAUUAGUGAAGAAGAUAGUCUUGACAUCAAUUAAAAAUAUUUAACAAAGUAAUAUUAUUUUAUUUGGUACAUUACUUAUACUUUUCCUACGUGUACCUAUAUUUUGUAAUGUUAAACCCCAUAUUUUUAAAAAGUAAAUAAAUAUGUUUUUCACGUUUAUACCUUUUAUAUAAUAUAUUAUAUUAUAUAUACAUUCAGUACUUACUUACGCAAAUAAAUAAUAACAAUAGAAUUAACUUACCUCAAAGUUACUGCAAUCAUUUCUAGUGGUGGUAUAGAGAGUCUCAUGCACGUGUCUUGAGAGAUUAGCUUUGGAGAUAUUUUUGUUGCUAGUUCGUCAAACGAGCGAACACUCAUUCGAAAAUAAGUAAAAAACUUUUCUGGAUUUUCUCUUAUAUCACUAAAUGUAGUAUAAAAUUCACCUCUUAAUAAUCUAGAAUCUGUAAAUGGGUGCACCCAGUAACGUCUAUCAUACGUCCGUACAUAUUUUUUGUGCACCAAGUAAGCUAAAAUUGCCUUUUUUUUGUAAUAAACCUCCAUAGUUGGUAACUGAAUGGCAACUAAAAACUAACUAAAGUGUUCCAUGCUGAAGGCCGUCUCGGGCGACUGGAUGACGUGCGGUUACCGCAUCAAAAACGC